AAUGGAGCCGGUUGGAGGCGGUGAGCCUGGCAGCGCUGGGGCUUCCCGCUGAGCCCGCAGCAGCCGGCAGCAAGGAAGUGCGGGCGCGGGGCCGCCGCCGGCGCGCCCGGAGCGGCGCGGGGCGCACCCCGCGGGGAGCGCCGGAUCCCGGGGCCGGAGGCACGCAGAUGAGAAAAUUGAUACUGAGUUUACCUAAGAUCAAGCAGAUGGUAAAUGACACAGUCAGAACUUGAUCUUAACCAUCCUGCUAUACUCCCUUCCUCCUAAGAGUGUCAGGAAUUUUUCAAAUAGAAACUAAUUGCAGAGUUUCCGGUUGACCAGGCAUUCAUAGGAAUGAAGACAAUCACAGAGAUGGUGUGUCUAAGAAAUUUCAAAAGGUGUAGGCCUCCUGACUGAAGCACAGUCAACUUAUUGGAUUCAUUUUUUUUCAUUAUAUUUCUGUCCUCCUACAAGGGAAAGUCAUGAUUACACUAACAGAGCUAAAAUGUUUAGCAGACGCCCAGUCGUCUUAUCACAUCCUAAAACCGUGGUGGGACGUCUUUUGGUAUUACAUCACCCUGAUCAUGCUGCUGGUGGCCGUGCUGGCUGGAGCCCUCCAGCUCACACAGAGCAGGGUUCUGUGCUGUCUUCCGUGUAAGGUGGAAUUCGACAAUCACUGCGCCGUGCCUUGGGACAUCCUGAAAGCCAGCGUGAACACGUCUUCCGAUCCCGGGACGCCGCUUCCGCUCCCCCUCAGAAUCCAGAACGACCUCCACCGACAGCAGUACUCCUACAUCGACGCCGUCUGUUAUGAGAAGCAGCUCCACUGGUUCGCAAAGUUCUUUCCCUACCUGGUGCUCUUGCACACGCUCAUCUUCGCAGCCUGCAGCAACUUUUGGCUGCACUACCCCAGUACCAGUUCCAGGCUCGAGCAUUUUGUGGCCAUCCUUCACAAGUGCUUCGAUUCUCCGUGGACCACCCGUGCCCUGUCAGAGACGGUGGCUGAGCAGUCAGUGAGGCCCCUGACACUCUCCAAGUCCAAGGCUUUGCUUUCUUCCUCAGGGUGCUCAGCUGAGGUUGAUUCCAACAAGCAGUCAUUGCCCUACCCGCAGCCUGGCUUAGAGUCAGCUGGCAUAGAAAGCCCAACUUCUAGCGUCCUGGACAAGAAGGAGGGCGAACAGGCCAAAGCCAUCUUUGAAAAAGUGAAAAGGUUCCGCAUGCACGUGGAACAGAAGGAUAUCAUUUAUAGAGUGUAUCUGAAGCAGAUAAUAGUCAAAGUCAUUUUGUUUGUCCUCAUCAUAACUUACGUUCCGUAUUUUUUAACCUACAUUACUCUUGAAAUUGACUGUUCAGUGGAUGUGCAGGCUUUUACUGGAUAUAAGCGCUACCAGUGUGUCUACUCCUUGGCAGAAAUAUUUAAGGUCCUGGCUUCAUUUUAUGUCAUCUUGGUUAUACUUUAUGGUCUUACCUCCUCCUACAGCUUGUGGUGGAUGCUGCGGAGUUCUCUGAAGCAAUAUUCUUUUGAGGCGCUGAGAGAAAAAAGCAACUACAGUGACAUCCCGGAUGUCAAGAAUGACUUCGCCUUCAUUCUGCAUCUGGCUGAUCAGUACGAUCCUCUUUACUCCAAACGCUUCUCCAUAUUCCUGUCGGAGGUCAGUGAGAACAAACUGAAACAGAUCAACCUCAACAACGAAUGGACGGUCGAGAAACUGAAAAGCAAGCUUGUGAAAAAUUCCCAGGACAAGAUAGAACUGCAUCUUUUCAUGCUAAACGGUCUUCCAGACAAUGUCUUUGAGCUGACAGAAAUUGAAGUGCUAAGCCUGGAGCUGAUCCCUGAGGUCAAGCUGCCUUCUGCGGUCUCGCAGCUGGUCAACCUCAAGGAGCUCCACGUGUACCAUUCGUCUCUGGUGGUCGACCAUCCUGCCCUGGCCUUUCUAGAGGAGAAUUUAAAAAUCCUCCGCCUGAAAUUUACUGAAAUGGGGAAAAUUCCACGCUGGGUAUUUCAUCUGAAGAAUCUCAAGGAGCUUUACCUGUCAGGCUGUGUUCUACCUGAGCAGGUGAGUACCAUGCAGUUGGAGGGCUUUCAGGACUUGAAAAACCUGAGGACCCUCUACUUGAAGAGCAGCAUCUCCCGGAUCCCACAAGUCAUUACAGACCUCCUGCCUUCGCUGCAGAAGUUGUCCCUCGAUAACGAGGGGAGCAAGCUGGUUGUAUUGAACAACUUGAAAAAGAUGGUCAAACUGAAAAGCCUGGAGCUGAUCAGCUGCGACCUGGAACGCAUUCCGCACUCCAUUUUCAGUCUGAACAAUUUGCAUGAGUUAAACCUCAAAGAAAAUAACCUUAAAACUGUGGAAGAGAUCAUUAGCUUUCAGCAUCUCCAGAAUCUUUCCUGCUUAAAGUUGUGGCACAAUAACAUAGCUUAUAUUCCGGCCCAGAUUGGGGCAUUAUCUAAUCUAGAGCAACUCUCUUUGGACCAUAAUAACAUUGAGAAUCUGCCCCUGCAGCUUUUCCUAUGCACCAAACUACAUUAUUUGGAUCUAAGCUAUAACCACCUGACCUUCAUUCCAGAAGAAAUCCAGUAUCUGAGUAACUUGCAGUACUUUGCUGUGACCAACAACAAUAUUGAGAUGCUACCAGAUGGGCUGUUUCAGUGCAAAAAACUGCAGUGUUUACUUUUGGGGAAAAAUAGCCUGAUGAGCUUGUCCCCUCACGUGGGUGAGCUGUCGAACCUUACUCAUCUGGAGCUCAUUGGUAAUUACCUGGAAACACUUCCUCCUGAACUGGAAGGAUGUCAGUCCCUCAAACGGAGCUGUCUGAUUGUUGAGGAGAAUUUGCUCAAUACUCUUCCUCCCCCUGUAACAGAACGUUUGCAGACAUGCUUAGAUAAAUGUUGACCUAAAGAGGAAAAUAAUUUUUAAAAGUACACUCCAGGGCUUUAUCUGAGAACUCAAUUUACCUAAGUUAUAAAGAUGAACAAUGGAUAAUUAUGACUAACUAUAACCAAAUGUCUUAUUAAAGCAACUCAGUGUCUAUCCCUAAAUUAAACAGGUAAAAAGUAUUAACACUGAACUAAAGUUUUGUGAAUAAUUGAUCUUUAACUUAUGGAAAUAUAAGAAGUACGCUUGGAGGGUGGAAUGGGGACAAGAAAUUAUUGAAUCUCUACAUUGCAGUUUGUAUCUUUUGAAGAUUAGGUAUUACUUAUUUGCAUACUUGUUUUAACUGACUUCCUGUUUUGAUAUUUAUCACCUAGACCAUAAACUCAUCAACAUAAAUUCCCUUGAUGUGUACACUGAGCACUGUCUUUGAUUUAUGGUCUUAAAUAUUUUUAGGCAGGGUACAUUGUGCUAGGCAGAAUUCCUUCUGGCUUAAUUUUUACUUCCUGUCCCAGCUUGUUUUGAGUCUUCCUCCAUCUGAUUUUCUCUUAACAACAAUGAUGAACCCUGAGAAAGUGCCUGCCUUUGGCCUUUGCAUAGAACAGGAGCAGGGUACUUAGGACAUGUCACCCUCGGGGCAUCCUAAAAAUUAAUGUAUACUCAAAUUUUUUCUUGUAUAUCAUCAAAGCCUUUUUUAUUUGCUAAUCAUUUUUAUAUUAAAUAUAAAACAUACAAAUAUUUUUAUUGUAUAAUCUUGGAUUCAAAAUCUGUGAGAAUAAUUUUUGUAAGGUACAGAGAAACACAUCCUUUUCUUUAAGAAUUUACUAUUAAUAUACUUGGUUUUGGCUGCGUAUGAUUCUCAUAUUUGUGCACAUUCUGUUCCAAAAUGUUUUUGUACUCUGCAACUAAUUACUUUUGGAUAACAAAAGCCUUGUGUUUCAUGCCCUAAAAUAUUUGGGGGGUUUCCUUGUAAGAGGAUGGCCACAUCAUCUACCUCUCUCUUCCCUAGUGCUGUGCUAUUGUACGGGUACAAUUCUUAAUUACUUCAAAAACUGUGAUGGAGGGGAGAGGUGCAGAUUUGAAUCUUUAAAACUGAUUUUAAAGCAUUCUGUAGAAAUUAAGUAAGAGUUAAGCAAAAUACUUUCUUCUCCAUCUGCAUGAUCUCUAGAUAGGAUUAUAAUGUAAAACACUCAGCUUAAAAUUCAGUGCUUAAAAUGAGUUCUCAGAGCUCACAAAGAAAUAGAUCUGGUUAACUGAAAUUCAUCUCAUGCCUUUGUCUAACUUUUCUGGAAUACAUUUUGCUCUUUUUUAUAAAGAGCUUUGUGUUUGGCUUUUUAUUAUCAUACAUAUUGUAAAAUGAAUAAAAUCGACUGACUCAUUUUGGGGAAACGUACAUUUUCAAUGUGUUUUUCUCUAAUGGGUCUAGGCAUUGUGAUGCUGUCUCAUUUUGGAUGUAACUAUGAAGUAAUCUAUUAACUGCACCUAGACAAAACUGGAAAACACUAUGGGUAAAGAGUACUGUAAACAUGGAAUUGUGUUGUAUGGUAUGUUUUUUCUUGCUUUGUCCCUUCCAGAAAGAUGAAAGUCUAAAUGAUGGCAAAAUGUAGCUUCCCUCACCUGCCACACACCCCUGGACUAACAUUCAGAGAAAAGAGUUGUUCACAUCAAAUGAAAUUUGAGUAAUAGCUAUAAAAAAUAGAAAACACCAAAGGCUGCCUAAAACAUUAUUGUUUAUUCUGAAUGACAAAGAACAGUGUAAAAAUGCAAUUCUUACCAAAACUUGCCUUUAGUCAGAACAUUCAAGUUCUCAGGGAGCCAGGCAUAACUGAUGAAACUUUCUUGUAGGAUUUCAGAAAACAGGUUCUGACCAUAUCUAGGGUUUUAUGUUAUUUUCAAUCUUUUGAAUGUUGAGUUCUUUGUCAUUUUAAUGUUUCACAUCUCUGUUGCACAAUAGAAUUGUCAUGUGUACCGAUAGGAUUGUGUUGGAUAGGAUUAUCUUAUGUUUGGAACAUGAAUAUGAUACAUGGAAAUAUGAUACAUGGAAAUAUGUUUAAAUGUUUUGGGCCAUAUAAUUAGCCAUAAUGUGUAUGAAAGAUCUUACCCCCUUCUAUAAGGAAGAGUUUUUAAAACAAAUUUCAGAUUUGCUACUAUUCCCCUGACAAACUACAACUCCUCCCCGCUAGUCACCAGUUCUGUUCACCUGCAGAAGUCACUAGCCAAACCUUCCUUAUCACCCUUCUAAAUUUCUGGAAGCAAGUUACUAUCAGGAUCAAUAAUGAGUUUUUUAAGCUUCUUUCCAAACACUAGGGUUUGGUUACUAAUGCAAACUCUGUUGUUCUUCAUGCCAGAGUUUUUAGGUUUACUUUUUUAUUUCAAUCCUACACUCCAGUGUUUAGGUAACUUUUGAAAUGAUGUAGCACUGAGGCCAUGAACGCUGAGACCACCACUUAACACACAAAAUUGUGAUGUUUGAUGCCACCUUUACUGCAAUGUUGGAGCAGAUAUUCAAUUUGGAAGAGGAUUUUAAAUGAAGAAAAUUAAGUUUAUUCAAUUAUAAUUUUAAGACUUUAGUUGAUUUCCAAGAAUGUGUAGUGCAUUUUCCAAAAAAUAAAUAUGGAUGUUAUUCAGAACAAAGUUGAAGGCGUAUGCUAGCAUUGGUUCAUUUUAUUUACAUACACACACACAGAUACACAAUGAUGAGCUUGCACACACACACAGACACACACACGCCCCAUGUAUACAAAAUGUAAUUUAUUAGUUUUGGAUAUGUUUAAUAUUUCUCCAAAGUUGUAAGAGGUUGUAGGUUAAUGCUAGGAUAUUAAUUCUUUUUUAUUCCUUACUUGUAAUCAUGGAGUAUUCUGUUCUCUUAGUUGUAAUGUUAAAACUAAAUGCUCAAACUUGGUCAGCGACCUAAGUGGUUUUGAGCAUUCCUUGUAAGGUGUGGUGUUCCUUCACUAACAUACAUCAGGGUAUAUCUGUGUGGCACAUAGACACGGUGUUUUCAUUCUUCAUCCUCAGUCUUCAUUGUUCCUCUGAUAUCACCAUGUUUCACUGUCACUUAGCAAAUGUUUGUGUUAAACAGGGUAAAUAGAGAUCCUCAAGGUCUCAUUGUUGUGGCAUAGCUCCAACGUGUGUGCUGUGGUGAGCUGCAGUGAGUUAUCUGCAUAACAUUAUUGUUUGAUAGUGAAAAUAUUUGUUUCUGUUCUUCAGGUGUCUCAUGAUUCAAAUUUUGUAUGUUGAAUUAAAGUAUUGCAUAAUAUUGAUGGGUUCAGAAACCAUUAAAAUAAUCAAACAAUUAUUCUGUGGAUUUAUAGCUUUAUUUCCUUGUAUUUUCAAUCAAAUGCUCUUCCCAUCGUCACUUUCUCUUAGCAUUGUCCCAUCCACAUAAGGUAUUUUGUUUUCCCUCUCCACUCACCCAUCUCCUUAAAUUUAUAUAGUAACAAAAUAUAUUUGUGCUAGAGAACUUGCGAUACUACUUGAGCAUGUAUUUAUUUGGGGGGAAGCCAGAGCCUGUAAUUAUGCCUAAUUGAAUAGUUCUACUUGACCCAUCCCUGCAGUGUUUAGAGCUGAUCCAAUGAUCCCUCAUCUGUACCAGCAGCAUGAGAAUAUAACUGUAAAUCCACUUUGUUUUCAGGAACUGUAUAUUGCAUCAGAAUCUGUGUUUAUUUCUUUCUGGAAACAAGAGGAAGGCUGGUGGGAGAGGGGAGGAGUUAUUUUGCAUCCUGGUUUGAAUUAUGAAGACAUUAUAUACAUGAAAUGGCCUAAACUAGUAACUGUUGCAAAAUGCCCUGGAUAUAAUUAUUUCUUAUCUUCAGCUGGAUAUGAAAGCUGAAGCAGUGAAAAAACUGCAGUCCUUUUAAUUGGUUUCUUCCUGUUUCUGGUCCAUCACUUCUACAUCCACUGGGAACUAUCUACUAAGUACCUUUGGUAAUGGACUACAUUCUCUUCAACUUUUUUUUUUU